AUGGCAUCAAAGAUCUUCGACUGGCGACCGGCGAAGCUGCUCCAGGACUAUAACAUAGGCCAGGAGUUUGCUCUGCUCAUUCUUAACCAGCCUUUGAAGAAUGGCGUCAAUUUGCGCAAGCUUUGGAAGAACUCUUCUGUGAGAGUAGCCGCUGAUGGAGGAGCGAACCGACUACAUAAGCUGUCGUCUUUCCACGGAAAAUACUCUAAUCUCCAACUCAUCAUUGGCGACCUCGAUUCGCUCACCCCAACGGUCCGCGAUUUCUACUCGUCGCAACCUUCUCCCGCGACCGUUAUCCACGAUGCUGACCAAGAGUCGACCGAUUUUGCUAAAGCCAUUAAUUGGAUCCGUAAAGAACAUCCCGACGGAAUUGACAUUGUAGCUCUUGGAGGUAUCGGGGGUCGUGUUGACCAGGGUAUUUCCCAGCUUCACCACCUCUACCUCUUCCAGAACGACCCCGAUUAUGCUACCGGGCGUGUCUUUCUUCUCUCCGGCUCGAGUCUUACUUUCUUGCUCAAGGCUGGUACCCACCAGAUCCAGGUCCGUGAGGAUGGAGAGGAAGACACCUUUGGCAAGCAUGUGGGCAUCAUUCCUCUUAAGGAAGCAGCCAACAUUACCACAAAGGGAUUUGAGUGGGAUGUUGAGAACUGGCAUACCGAGAUUGGCGGCAAGCUCAGCACUAGCAAUCAUAUCCUGCCCGAGUCGCAAGUCGUGACAGUGACGACGGACAAGGACGUGAUCUUCACAGUGGCACUCAAAGAAGGCGACGGUGAUGAGGAGUAA